GUUGAUAAAAAUGUUCAAAUAGGAUGGUUUCAAUGGAGUAAUGAAAGCGGUCGUGCAAGAAAAGAAGAAUUUGAAGGUGAUGAUUGUGUUAAAGUAUUAAAAGGCAAAUUCAAAUCAUAUCUUUGGCAUAUAUUUAUAAGACAUGAACAAAGUAAUUAUUUUGAAUAUAUAAAACAAAAUGCUGGUGAUAAAACUGUUGUAAUUCAAGUUGAUUAUGCAGAAAAUUUUACGAUGGAUGAACAAAAUCGAAUUCAAUCAGCAAAUUGGUCUAAAAAGCAAUUGUCUAUAUUUACAGCAUAUGCAUGGUGUAGUGGUAGUGAAGGUGAUGUAGGAUUCUCAUUUGGUUUAGUAUCGAAUAAUACAACACAUGGUAAAUUUAGCAUUGCUACAUGUCUUGAUGUUAUUGUAAAUGAAACAAAAGGUUAUGUGCCAGAUGUAAAUGAAAUAAUCUUUUUUUCUGAUGGUGCUGCUAGUCAAUUUAAAAAUCGUUUUUUAUUACGUUAUUUAACAUAUAUGAUGGAUGAUAAUGAUGUUGAUAUAAGCUGGAACUUUUUUGCUAGUAGUCAUGGUAAAGGUGUUAUAGAUGGCAUAGGUGGCAUAUUGAAACGCUUAGUAUGGUCAGAAAUGAUGGCUGGUAAAAGAUGUAUAUCAGCUUCAGAUUUUAUUCAAAUUUGUAAUGAAAAAACCAAAAUAAUAAUAGUAGGACAAAUAACAAAUGCUCAAAUAGAUGUAACAAUAGCAAAACUAUCAUAUAUGUUUGAUCAGACAUGUAGUGUACCUGUUAUACGAAAACAACAUUCUAUUAAAGUUUUACAUAAAAAUAUAAUUGAGUGUAGUUCAUAUACAAAUUGCACACAAACAUUCGUAUUUACAUUUGAAUAA